UCCUGCAGGAGGUUCUGUACGUGGCAGCCGAUGAAGACCCUCUCUGUGCGGAUCAUUCCCUCCAGCUGGCGACUCCAACUGCGUGUGCGAGCCACGGACCGUCGGUACUGCUCGAAGCCCCGGGUGAUUAACGGUUAUUGAAAAAGACAGAAUGAGGAAAUCCUUGUGUUUCAUCUCCUGGACUCUGCUCUGCUUCUGCUGCUGGACCACACAGGCAGAGGUCUUCACAUCCAUAGGCCAGAUGACAGACCUGAUCCACACAGAGAAGGAGCUGGUCCAGUCUUUGAGGGAGUACAUAAAAGCAGAGGAGUCCAAGCUGGCUGAAGUCAAAAGUUGGGCCAAAAAACUGGACGCUCUGACCCGAGUGUCCACCUCAGACCCAGAGGGCUACCUGGCCCACCCGGUGAACGCCUACAAACUGAUGAAGAGGCUCAACACGGAGUGGUCUGAGCUGGAGAGCCUGGUGCUGCAGAACCCCUCUGAUGGGUUCAUUUCCAACAUGUCCAUACACAGACAAUUCUUCCCUGAUGAGGAGGAUGAGACGGGUGCAGCAAAGGCAUUGAUGCGUCUUCAGGACACGUAUCAACUGGAUUCUGAGACGUUCUCAAGAGGAAAGCUGCCAGGAAUGCACUCCAAUGCCCUUCUGACGGUGGAUGACUGCUACGACAUGGGGAAAACUGCCUAUAACGACGCAGACUAUUAUCACGCUGUAUUGUGGAUGCAGCAGUCCUUGAAGCAGCUGGAUGCCGGCGAGGAAGCUGUGGUCUCCAAGGCGGACAUUUUGGACUACCUCAGCUACUCUGUCUACCAAAUGGGAGACCUGCCUCGAGCCAUCGAGCUGACCCGCCGCCUGGUGGCUAAUGAUGCCAACCACCAGAGGGCAGGAGGAAACCUCCGUUAUUUUGAGCGGUUACUUGCCAAGCAGCGGAAUGAGUUGAACCAGGACUACCAGCCGGCCUCUGAGGAGCCUAUCCAGCUGGGAACCUAUACUAGACCCAAAGACCAUCUACCAGAGAGGGAGAUCUAUGAGGCGCUCUGCAGAGGAGAGGGGCUCCAAAUGAACGAAGCAAAGCGGAGCCGUUUGUUCUGUCGCUACCACGAUGGGAAGCAAAACCCUCGUCUCCUGCUGAAGCCCAUGAAGGAGGUGGAUGAGUGGGACAGCCCCCACAUCGUACGCUACCUGAACGUCCUGUCAGACCAAGAGAUUGCAAAGAUUAAGGAGCUGUCCAAACCCAGGCUUUCAAGAGCUACCGUUCGUGAUCCCAAAACAGGAGUCCUGACCACAGCCAACUACAGAGUAUCAAAAAGUGCAUGGUUGGAAGAAGAAGACGAUCCGGUUAUUUCCAGAGUCAAUCAGAGAAUAGAAGACAUCACAGGCCUCGAAGUCGACACUGCAGAGCUACUUCAGGUUGCCAACUAUGGAGUCGGAGGACAGUACGAGCCACAUUAUGACUUCUCAAGGCGUCCUUUUGACAGCCAACUCAAGGUCGAUGGAAAUAGACUUGCUACGUUCCUAAACUACAAAGAUGAGCCUGAUGCGUUCAAAAGAUUAGGCACGGGAAAUCGCGUGGCGACUUUUUUGAACUACAUGAGUGAUGUUGAGGCGGGAGGUGCUACGGUCUUCCCUGACUUUGGAGCAGCAAUCGUGCCGAGAAAGGGAACAGCAGUGUUCUGGUAUAAUCUGUUCAAGAGCGGAGAGGGAGACUACAGGACCCGGCAUGCAGCCUGUCCUGUCUUAGUAGGAAGUAAAUGGGUGUCAAACAAGUGGAUUCACGAGCGAGGACAAGAGUUCAGGAGACCCUGCGGCCUCACAGAAGUCGACUGAAGUUUGAUGCACAAAUAACAAUGCACAUAUUGAACGUGCUCCCUGUUGUCUUAUUUCUAUUUCAUACAUGCAACUCUGACACGUUUUUUACAAACCUUACGUAAGUGUUCGUUCCCUCAACCCUAACCCUAACCCUUCUCUCCAUAAUUGACAAAUAUUUUAUGACACUGGAAUGCGAGAUCUGGCUGGAUGAUAUCCUUUCUUUUUCUUUUCUUACCAGAAGCUGUGGGUGUCAGUUCUGAGUUGUGCAUCUGCCACAUGACCCAUAUGAUAAAAUAAGUGAAUAAAGAUCAAACAAAAAAAGUAAAAAAUAUAUGUUAUUGUAGUUCGGAGUAACUUUAAAAUAUAUAAAACCACAAAACUGUAUCAGUUCAAUCUUGGUUUUAUAUAUGAAUGAAUAGUAUCUAAUUCAAAUCCAAAAUUAAAUCUGAAAGUUUCCAACCUCAAAUCUUUCCAUUGAUGCCAGAAACUUGUGUAUUUUGGCUCUUGUGUCAACACCCUUUUAUAAUUAACUUUUCAAAAUAAAAGCAUUAGAAUUAAUGCUUACACAGAUAACAUGGAUAAUGUGGCCAAAUGGUGUCAGGGCAGGUUAUUAUGAUAAACGCACAUUUCUCAAUAAAAAGAUACUACAUGCUUCUGGUAAUGGACUCGUUGGACCCAAAUGUAGACCUUGUGCUAAAUUAGCUUUUGGCAAAUUACACCACCACCUCCUAUACUUUGUAAUAUCUAUGGUAUUUGCAGAUUAUCAGGUUGUUUACAAGUGUCUGAACAGAAAUGCAGACAUUGAAAAACACCCUGGAUCCAUUCAGCUGCAUCCAAAGUGUUUCUCUCUGUCAGACCUAACAAAACAAUUUACAGACAUCUAAGGAUUUUCCUCCAAAAUCUUGCCCAGGACAUUUUAAAUUAAUCUAGUGUUUAAUUUAUUACACUGUUGUUACAUGUGUGCUUUCUCUAAGAUGGCAAACAAGCAAGUCAAUAAAUGGUGUAUUGUAUCAAAAUA